ACUCCGCAAUACCCGUGCCUAGACUGCUCGAAAGUCUUCUCGCGGCCAAGCAGCCUCAAAACGCAUUCUUACACCCAUACCGGCGAAAAGCCCUUUCACUGCAGUUGUAGCGCGCGGUUCAGUGUACUUAGCAACCUACGACGCCAUUUACGG